AUGUCCUGCGUCUCCUCCUGCCCCCGCGCCCCCUGCGGCAUCCGCGCCUUCAGCUGCGCCUCGGCCUGCGGGCCCCGGCCCGGCCGCUGCUGCAUCACCGCCGCCCCCUACCGCGGCAUCUCCUGCUACCGCGGCCUCUCCGGGGGCUUCGGCAGCCACAGCGUCUGCGGGGCCUUCCGUAGCGGCUCGUGCGGCCGCAGCUUCGGCUACCGCUCCGGCGGCGUGUGCGGCCCCACCGCCCCCGCCAUCACCAGCGUGUCUGUCAACGAGAGCCUGCUCACGCCCCUCAGCCUGGAGAUCGACCCCAGCGCGCAGUGCGUGAAGCACGAGGAGAAGGAGCAGAUCAAGGGCCUCAACAGCAAGUUCGCCGCCUUCAUCGACAAGGUGCGCUUCCUGGAGCAGCAGAACAAGCUGCUGGAGACCAAGUGGCAGUUCUACCAGAACCGGAAGUGCUGCGAGAGCAACCUGGAGCCGCUGUUCAAUGGCUACAUCGAGACGCUGAGGCGGGAGGCCGAGUGCGUGGAGGCCGACAGCGGGAGGCUGGCCUCAGAGCUGAACCACGUGCAGGAGGUGCUGGAGGGCUACAAGAAGAAGUAUGAAGAGGAGGUGGCACUAAGGGCCACUGCUGAGAAUGAAUUUGUGGCUCUGAAGAAGGAUGUGGACUGUGCCUACAUAGGCAAAUCAGACCUAGAGGCCAACGCAGAAGCCCUGAUGCAAGAGAUCGACUUCCUGCGGCGACUGUAUGAGGAGGAGAUCCGCGUUCUCCAGUCCCACAUCUCUGACACCUCGGUGGUCGUCAAGAUGGACAACAGCCGGGACCUGAACAUGGACUGCGUCAUCGCCGAGAUCAAGGCUCAGUACGACGACAUCGCCAGCCGCAGCCGGGCUGAGGCCGAGUCCUGGUACCGCAGCAAGUGCGAGGAGAUAAAGGCCACGGUGAUCCGGCACGGGGAGACCCUGCGCCGCACCAAGGAGGAGAUCAAUGAGCUGAACCGCAUGAUCCAGAGGCUGACGGCCGAGGUGGAGAACGCAAAGUGCCAGAAUUCCAAGCUGGAGGCUGCAGUGACCCAGUCUGAGCAGCAGGGCGAGGCGGCCCUCAGCGACGCCCGCUGCAAGCUGGCAGAGCUGGAGGCCGCCCUGCAGAAGGCCAAGCAGGACAUGGCCUGCCUGCUCAAGGAGUACCAGGAGGUGAUGAACUCCAAGCUGGGGCUGGACAUCGAGAUCGCCACCUACAGGCGCCUGCUGGAGGGCGAGGAGAGCAGGUUGUGCGAGGGUGUUGGUGCCGUAAAUGUCUGUGUCAGCAGCUCCCGGGGCGGGGUGGUCUGCGGGGACCUCUGCGUGUCCGGCUCCCGGCCUGUGACAGGCAGCAUCUGCAGCGCCCCCUGCAGCGGGAACGUGGUGGUGAGCACCGGAGCCUGCGCGCCCUGUGGACGGAGCUGCUCCGGGCGGUUUGUGUAGCGGCCCCGCCCCCUUCGUAAAUACCCCGCUGGGUGAGCAAAUGUUCUCCGCCUCCGCGGCAGGUCCCUGAGCCCGGACGUCCCGGGUCUGACGCUGGAGGGCUUCAGGGGACCUGCUACACGCCCAUCUUCUUGCAUCUCCUGCCACGCCUUGGGUGCUUCAUUUCUUCCAGGGAGGGCUGGGCCCUCCCUGUCUCACCUCCGUGUCUGGCAGCUCCCCCUUUAACCCCAAGUGUCUAAUCGGUUUCCGCACAGCCCUGGGCAGAGAGCCAACCCUGACCGCGCUGCUCUGGGGGCUGGGAGGACUGUGAGUUUGGAGGGAUGGAAUGGCCUCGGGGCCCCUCGGAUUUAGCCUUCUAACCACCCACCACCACCACCACCCCCGCUGCGGUGACUGAGGCUGCCUGUACAAGGGGGCAACUUCCAGGGCUGCCUCUGCUGCUUCUCCAUGUGCUUGCUCUUCAAGUUUCCAAUAAAUCU